AUGAAGACGACGACGACAAUCAUAGCCGCGUUGGCCCUGGCAGCGACGGGCCAUUCUGCCGCGCAAUGGCGUGCAAGCUUCGACUCUUCCUCCGCCGGCGGUCACGAGGAAUUCUCACUCGAGCAGAUCCGAAAUGAAAAGUUCAAGGGAGUUGACCCGGUCGAUGCUAUCUUACAAGCUUACGCGCGAUACGCGACUUUUAUCCCCGCCCGCAUCCAGGCUGUCAUUGAUCGGACGCCUGAAGUUAAGCUCAAGUUCCCGGUCCUGGAUUCUGCGGAUCCAUCCGUUGUACGUGCUGAAGCGUCACCGCCGGCAGAUUUCGACUCGGAAUAUGCGCUUCCCGUGAGCUUGGGCACGCCGCCACAGGUUCUUCCCUUGAACCUGGACACCGGCUCUUCAGACCUAUGGGUGUUUUCCACAGAUACCCCCCCACAGUCGCUCAAUGGCCAGAAGCUGUACUACCCCAGGAACUCCAGCACCAGCGAGCCGCUCCAGGGAGCGACCUGGAAGAUCAAGUAUGGCGACAACUCGACCGCCAGCGGCAUCGUGUACCUGGACCGCGCAGCCAUCGGCCCCGUCGGCUACGACAAGCAGGCCAUCGAGGUCGCCCAGGCCGUCUCCAGCGCCAUCGCCCAGGACAACUUCAUCUCUGGCAUCUUGGGCAUGGCCUCCAGCGCCGCCAACACCGUCACCCCGAACAAGCAGCUGACCUUCCUGGACAACAUCCUCAGCAAGCUCAAAAGGCCGCUCUUCACGGCCAACCUGCAAAAGGCCCGCCCCGGCAACUACAACUUUGGCUACAUCAACGAGUCCGAGUACACGGGCAACGUCGCCUACACCCCCAUCGACCCAAACACCCCGUACUGGAUGGUCAACCUGAGCGGCUACCAGCUCGGCGGGAGUAACGGCUCCGCCUUUUCCAACAUGACCAUCCGCGGCAUCGUGGACACGGGCACGUCGCUGCUGCUGCUGCCCCAGGACGUGGUCGACGCGUACUACGCAAAGGUGCCCGGGUCGCGGCUGGACGCGAGGCUGGCCAACGUGGUCUUCCCCUGCAACGCGACACUCCCGAACUUUGUGUUCGGCGUUGGUGACGGGUACCGCGGCAUCGUACCGGGGAGCUACAUCAACUACGGAAGAGUCUCGAACAGGGAGUGCUUCGGCGGGCUGCAGUCGUCCACGGGUAUUCCAUUUUCCGUGUUUGGGGAUGUUCUCCUCAAGGCGCAGUUUGUCGUUUUUGACCGAGGCACUCUGAGGGUCGGGUUCGCCAACAAGCCGACUGUUUAG